UUAUUUUUUGUUUAAAACUUAAAUCGAAUGUGCAUUAGAUUAAUACAUCUGUCGGUACAUUUAGCAACCUCAGUAUGAAAUAAAUUCAUUGAUUACUGUUAUCGAGAAUUCCAGAUAAGUAAUCUCAAUUUUUCCAUUCUUUUAUCUCAGUGCAUUGCGCCUACACUUUUUUGUAGAGAAAUUCUGAGGAACAAACUUUUGAGUCUAUGAAAUGUGUUCAUUAUGGUCCCUGUGAAUAAAUUACUCUACCCGACUCGCCUUUCCGGUAAAAUGGGGGAUUUCUUUAUUUUUCGUUUAAGACCCAAAUACUAUGAAAACUCCGAAUUUUUUGCUGUGUUUUUGAAUAAUUGAUCCAAUUCUAUAAAUCAGAAAAAUCUUCCAAAACAAUGCACAUUUUUUACCUAUCUUUCAAUUUACAAAGAAUACGUUCAGUUCUUAUUUUAUGGCUUUUCUUUAAGUUUGCUUUUACGAUUAUUCAAUUUCCGAUUCACGUUAUAAAGACCGAGUUAGAAAGAGAAAUUAUGUUGCUAAAACACGAAGUGAUUCCUGACUACAUUAGUUCUGUACCAAAUCAAACUUUGAAGGUGACAUGGAUAUCAAAUGAAACUGGUGAGAAGAUUAUAUCAAAUUUUGGCAAUGUCAUUAGACCCCAAGACCUAAUCAACAUACCUACCGUUGAGUGGAAAGCAGAGCCGAACACAAAUUAUACAAUAAUAAUUUCAGAAAUUGAUGCACCGUGCCGUUCCUCUCGGUAUAAAGUUGAGAAGCAAGUUUGGUUAGUCGUAAACAUUCCACAGACAAACAUUUCUGCAGGAAAAACGUUGACCUCCUACGCAAGGCCAACACCGUGGGCAGACUCAGGAGAAAUAAGAGUGCAAGUUAGCGUGUACAAGCAGCAUAAGCCUGGAAUUGACUGGAGUUGGGUACCGCGGCUUUAUGAAAAAGCUUCAGACCGAUCUCGUGAAUGCUUCUCUUCAAAGAACUUCACCCAAAAGUACGGUAUGAGUGACGUCAUAGCUAUCAACUUCUUCCUCACUGAAUGGAACCCGAAAGUGACUUAUCCUGAGGACGAAUACGAAUCUUACGAGGAUGAAGCCCAAUGGUUAUGAAAUAAAAUAAAUAUCAGUAACAAUAGCAAGGAUGAGGACCAAAUCAAUAUUUUUAUUGAGAAUAAUCCUUUGCUAGGGGGGGAGGGGGAGUGGAGAUUUUUUCAUAGGAUAGAAUUAGUGUGUAUAAAGUUUAUGUGAGUAAUUUUAGUUUUCAUAAUUUAUCGUGAAUUUGAGUUUUAUUGUGCGAGUUUCAAUUGCUCGGUUCUUUAAUUUAUUUCCUAUUUUAUAUUUUGGUUAAUAAUUCGUACUGUACUUUAAAUCAGAAUGAGGCUCAAGUUCAUACUGUUCAGAAAUUUUAUAAUAUAGCCAAAUGGAUUACGUGCUGCAAUGAGGAACUGCUGUUUCUGGCUCAUACAUUAAAACACCAAUCUGCAUGAGGAAGCUAAUUGAAAGUGCAUCGUUUUUUAACGAGUCAAAAAUAGCACUGCCUAAUCGCAAAUAAAAUUCAAAUUGCUUCUCUAUUG